AUGGAGGACAACAGCCAGAAUGGAGAUGCCAAGGGACCUAAAUAUAGUGCUCCCAAAGACAAAAACUGCCCCUACUGUGGCCAGGCCUUCACCUCGUCUUCGCUCGGACGUCACCUCGACCUGUACAUUAAAGAAAAGAACCCGAAACCGCCCGAUGGACUUCACGAUGUAGACGAGAUCCGGAAGAUGCGAGGGGGAAUUACACGACGACAGCCUCGAGGCUCUCUCGGUGGCCGUCGAGAAGUGUCCACCCCUAUUGGGACCCCCAAAGCUUCAAGCAGGAAAGAGAGCAUGGCCCACGAUAGGGAUUCAUUCCUGCCCUCCGGUAUUCCAAAAGAUGGCCAGUACGCAGUGGACACUAAGUUGAGCAAGUUCCCAUUUGCCAGUGGACGAUGGGAGGUGACGGGGGUGAUGAACGACAUUGGCGAGAAUGGACACGAUCUUGCCAAACGACCAGGCAUGCAGAGAAGCGUCAGUCGGCAGGCCCAGAAGGCCCAAUUCGAUGUGAAGCAUAAGCUGUCCGAUGCUAUGGAUACUGCAAGAGCUGCUGAGCUGGCUCUUCGAGAGCUCAUCAGCUCUUGGCGGGCGGCGAAACAACAGUUUGACGCCAAAACGAUGCCCUUUGACUUCGACCCCCUAUCGCUCGACUUUCCCGCGCUGACCCUGCAAUGCCUCCAACCACCCCCGACUCUUUUCUCCUCUACACAACAUCCAACGUCGACUUCGUGGUCGGUACAAUGCCCCGGCCAACGGGAAUUCGAAGCCCUCAAAUCAUUCUUUGAAUAUGAGUUUCAAAUAUGGAAGAUAUCAUGUGUCACAGCGAAUACCGAUGCCAUGGAUGAACUGACUUAUCCCACAUCCAAUGGUCCUUACCGAGAUAAACGCGACGUGGUCAAGAAGGUGGAGAAGUCUGCAGACCAUCUCGAGAAGCAAGUGAAUGAGCAUCUUGAGUCAGCUUAUGCGGUGUGGGAGAGUCUUCCACCGCAACGUCAAAAUGAGUUGUGGAUCUUGGAGCUGGCACGGGGUGUAGGCAGAAAACACAAGGAGGCCGAGAAGAUGAAGGAGCAGCAGCAGAAACUGCAGCAGGAGAAUGCCAAUCUCAAAUCUCAAAUCGACCAACUCAACCGACUACAACAGCCUCGCGAGUUCAAACUAUCCCCGCCAGGAACCAUCCCAUUCGACAAGGAGUUCAUCACGCAUGCCUACGAGCAGGGGUUGAAGGGACAAUCAAUCAUUGGGUUCAGUUUGGAGGACCGCGACCUGGACCUCAGCACCUUGGUCGCUCGAUCAAUUGAUCGUUGGAAGAAUGUGGUGGUCUCCAGUCGUGUUGUUAGUGGAAUGAGCUCUCAAAGGUCGCUGGAUCAGACAUCCGUAGAAACAGACACCAACGGGAACUCGCAGCCGUCGCAAUCAAGGUCUCAAUCGCAAACCCCUCAGCAGCAGACGCAACCGCAUCAGCCUCCAAAGCGGCUGUCUCCAGCGAGUACCAAUGGUGCCCUGAGUGAGAACACGGCUGCUUCUACCAACACAACAGCACCGCCUUCCGUAGAGGAGACUAGUGAUCAAGAUGCCGAUGCCGAGAUGGAAGACGAUGACAGCUUUGCCAUAAUGAACGCCUCGCCCAUUAAGCAACAGCAGCCAGUGCCACAGCCCAUACAACAGCAACCAGCACAGCAAGCGACCCUGGAAGUUCCCAGAGCCCGAGGUCCCAUUCCCCAGCAACAACGAACACUGCCCGACCAACGGUUUCUCAUGCAAAAUGGAGCGGGAAGCCCCGUCGGCCGCACGGCGAUGAAUAUGAGCCGGUCCAUGCCCAACAUGAACAUGGCCAUGCAGGCGAAUGGGUUGCAUGCUGACUUAGGCAUGGCAAUGCAAGGCAUGCGGACUGACGGCAUGUAUAUGGAAUAA